UCUUUAUUGAUUUCACUCUGAAGGAGUGAUAUAAAUGUUCCCACUUUUGUCUAUUGCCGUGACUUCUAAAUAAGUGUAAGGUGUCGACCUACAAUAACUGUGAAAUUCUCCAUAGACUUUUAUGUAAAUAUCUUAUCUGGCAAUGAGUGAUACUUUUUGGAUAGUAAAAUUGUAAACAAGUAAAAUGUUGAACGAUAGUAGUAAAUCUUUUGUUGAGUCCUCACCUUUAAUUACCGAUGUUCCAAAAGAUCUAACAACUGCAAGUCCCAUAGAAUCAAGUAAACCACCAUCCUCAGAUAGACAGCCAACAUACGCUACAUCUGGAUCAUAUGUUGCACGACCAAAUCAAGUGUCCACCGUUCUUCUUCACGGAGUCCCCAUUGUCAGCCUGUACAUUGACGGAAAAGAGAGGCUGUGUCUGGCACAGAUCUCCAACACUCUGCUGAAACAGUACAGUUACAACGAAAUCCACAAUAGAAGGGUCGCGCUCGGUAUAACGUGUGUCCAAUGUACACCAGUACAACUCGAAAUAUUGAGGCGAGCAGGAGCAAUGCCAAUAUCUUCCCGCCGUUGUGGAAUGAUUACAAUGCGAGAAGCUGAGAGAUUAGUCAAGUCUUUUCUAGAAGAAAACCUCCCUCCCAAGCUCCCCGAAAACUUUUCUUUUCAUGUAAAACAUGAGUGUGGAUGGGGAUGCGAGGGCUACUUUGAACCUUCUCGUUAUAAUAGCUCCAGGGCAAAAUGCAUUAAAUGCAAAAUUUGCAAUAUGUACUUUUCUCCCAAUAAAUUUAUAUUCCACUUUCAUCGCACACAAGAGGCAAAGUAUAGCCAUCCAGAUGCAGCUAAUUUCAAUUCUUGGAGGAGGCAUUUGAAGCUUUAUAGUACAUCUGAUGAAGGAAUUGUCCAUGCAUGGGAAGAUGUAAAGGCCAUGUUUAAUGGCGGAAGUAGGAAAAGAAUUCUUUCUACUGAGUCUAGCCCAACAUACAGUGCGCGUGGAGACGACCAACACAAAAAACCAAAGUUGUCUUCUGUUGACUUAGACAUCCAAAAAGAAGUUUUUCAAUCCCCGUAUCCACCCUUCAGUCUCCUAUCCCAACAGAGGAAAUCUUUUCAAUUUUCACCGGUUAACCAAUCUCCAUCCACUACGUUUGCUCUACCAUUUGGUAAGGAAUGUAUGACAGAUGUAAACAAAGCCUCUCCCAUUCGGCCGCCGUCCUGGCCUGCUCUUCACGGCAUGUUUCCAACCUACAACCUUUUAUGGAACAACCCUUUUGUACAGAGUUUUCGAAAUGAUUUUCGUGAGUCGAUGAUGGCUUUCAAAGGCAACAUAACUAGAAGAAAGGAAGAGAAUUACAACGACGACGAGUCGUCAUCGUCGGCUGGAAAUAGUCCUCGUUACGAUGACUCGAAUGAAAGAUUCUCAGCUUUCCGACUAGUCAAUCAGAAUUCACGGAAAGACUCUGUAAAUUCACCCAGAACUGAUUCAAAUGACUCGGAGGAUGAGAGUGAAGAAAUUAAUAUCACAGACCUUGUAAAUGGCGAGUCUAAUGGGGACGAAACAAAUCUCAAAAAGCUGGGGGACGAGGAAAAGAAAGAAGAUAUCCAAGAAAAGAACGUUUUAAACUUAAAGAACAUUAACACCCAGGGAGAGGUCAUCUCUAAAACUGAUACAAUGAAAGGAGUGGACAAUAAUGAAGAAAGCCAACACAUUGGUACAAUCAACGUAGAUCCUAUGCUGGCAACUUGCAACAGAGAAUCCCCAUCCCUGCUAGCGUCUGCCACAGAAAUGACGAAAGAGGAAAUUCAAAGAGAAGUUCAAGCUGAAAUGGAAAUAAGGAAGCAAAUGGAGAAGGAAAUCCAAGCUCUGAAAGAGGCUUUGACAAAUGAACUCGAACAAGAGAGACAAGUAAGAUUUUCCUUACAACAAAAAUUAAAAGAAGCCCAUGAUGCACUGCAUAAUUUCUCUUGCAAAAUGCUAGCAUCAAGAAAAUGUGACGAGUGUGAAUUUAAGGACAAUGAAAAUCCAGUGGAAUCUAAGAAGGACUCUUAAAUAUCCAUAUUUUGUCGUGAGUCCCAUUGUACAAUGUCUGAAAUCCUUUA